AUGAGCAAAGCACCUCCAGAGAUGGAUAGAACUACAAGUCCCAUCUCUAGCAAAGCUCAUCAUCACCAUCUCAAACACCACCACUAUCGCAAUCUCUCACCAUUCUCUUUCUACUCUCCCAAACUCUCUAUCUACAUCCUAGCCACCUGUGUCAUUCUCUUCAUUCUCUUCAAUAUUCAAUAUUCCCUCCAAACCCCACCAUCUAAUUCCCCAUUAUCAACCUCAUCAUGGUCUCUCAUGCAUCAAUGGCAGAGAGUCAUCAACACCACCACAACCACCCUAGCGUUUUCCUCCACCAACUGUACCAACGAGCUCAUAUCCUUGGCCGACAAGCUCCGCCACUCGGUAACAUUUCUCCCACUCAAAGAUUUACGAUACACACAAACCGCUCUUCAAGGCCACACCUGGUUCAUGAGCUCUAUGCAUGACACUCAUGAGGAAUAUGAGGUACAAUACCAACAAUUCCCUUCAGAAAACUCACAUGGCAGGCUUCUGUGCCUGAAAGGACGAGACAAGCAUGAUGGGUCUUGGAACUCCUACGCACUCGCAUGGCCAGAAACUUUACCUUUUAAUGCCACCCUCAUGAAAGGCCUAACAUUUGUGUCAUACAAUCAUUACAACUAUGACAAUAUCUGGCAUGGUUUGUCAGCUAUGGUACCCUUUGUGGCAUGGCACAAGAAAAACAAAUGUGAAAUUCCCAAUAGGUGGGUUUUAUACCACUGGGGUGAGCUUAGACUCAACAUGGGGUUGUGGUUAAAGACCUUAAUGGAGGCCACUUUUGAUGGGCCACCAUACAUUGAAGGAUUUGAAGGAGUACUUGGUGAUGAUGAGCCAGUUUGCUUUGAAAAAGCUGUGGUGAUGAGGCACAAUGAGGGAGGGAUGUCAAGGGAGAGAAGGAUGGAGGUGUAUGAUUUGAUGAGGUGCAAGGCUAGAAUGUACUGUAAUGUGAGCCUGGAGGGCAGGGUUGCUGAGGUCAAUGAUAAAGGAGUGCCUGUGAUUGGGAUCACCAUGUUCAUGAGGACUGGUCCUAGAUCCUUCAGGAAUCAGACUGAAGUGAUUGGGAUCUUUGAGAGGGAGUGUGCUAAGGUGGACAGUUGCCGAGUUAUGGUGGCUUACUCCAACAAUCUCAGCUUCUGUGAGCAGGUGAAGCUGAUGAGCAUGACAGACAUUCUAGUAUCCCCUCACGGUGCCCAGUUAACCAACAUGUUCCUAAUGGACAGAAACAGCAGUGUGAUGGAGUUUUUCCCUAAAGGCUGGCUAAAACUUGCAGGCGUAGGCCAAUAUGUGUAUCAUUGGAUAGCUAGCUGGUCUGGGAUGAGACAUCAAGGUGCAUGGCGAGAUCCCAAUGGGGACAAAUGCCCCUACCCGGAAGACGAUCGCCGCUGCAUGUCCAUCUUCAAGAGUGGCAAAAUUGGACACAAUGAGACGUACUUUGGUGAGUGGGCUAGAAAUGUUUUGGCUGAAGUGAAGACUAGGAAGAUGGAAGAAGCCUCAAAGAAGAUCAGUUCUACUGGUUCAGAUGUGGAAAGGAUAAUCAAAAAUCAGCCAUGGAGUUUUGACAAACACCUUGUGGUCUUGCAAACAUUUGAAGAGUUUUCAAAACUCAAAGAUCUAGGUUUUGAUAAAGCAUUGUUUCGGGUUCAGGUUCAUGAUAUUGCAGAAAGCAUUUGGGAAACCAUUGGAGAGGUCCGAAGGUCACCUAAAUCCACAGAUGAUGAUGGAGGUAACUUCAUUCAGGAACGUUUCACAGUGGAUAUUACUCUUCCUUUAUGCCGAGGUAGGGUGUUCAAGCUAGAGAAUGGGGAGAAAUCAUGGGUUUGUUUUCAGUAUGAGAGGGAUGGUCGUUGGAAACACUAUGAAAAACAAUGCGAGCUAUGGAUUCGUAGCAAGAGCUCUCUAACCACUGAUAAACGACAAUUCGGUUCCUAUAUCAGAGCGGCACCAUAUCAAACAGGUGGAAGAAGGGAAAUUCUGGUGCUUGGGUACUAUGAUCAGGUGGCAACGACUGAGAAAGUUCCAUCGGAGGAGGGAAGUCCAUCGGUUGCUGCAGUGAUAGGGAAAUCUAAUACGGUAACUGAGGAUGAUAAGGAGAGAAUUAAGGCUGUAAUUAAUUCAAAAGGCUUGGUACUGGGGGAAAGCAUUCAUAUUACUUCGGAGUUCUUGAGCCAUGAGGCAAAGGUCUCAUCAGUGGGGUCCAGGGUGGAGGUUCUAGAGGUAGAGAAUUCUAAACUGAAGAAGGACCUCAUUUCUGCCAUGGACAAGACCAAUACCAUCAAGGAAAAGGUCAAGGUCUUGGGGGACAACCUCAGAGCUUAG